AUGUCAAUGCUCCCACCAGCACCAAGCCGCAAGUUCUCCACCUCCUCAAAAGCUUUAGACACUACCCAAGUACCAGAUUUCUCACCAUAUAGAAGCAAAAACACUGGAUCAAACAAGGCAUUCUCUUACUUCAUGGUCGGCUCUAUGGGUCUUCUCUCAUCAGCCGGUGCAAAGGCAACCGUCACUGACAUUUUGUCAAACUUGUCCGCAUCCGCUGACGUUCUCGCUCUCGCUAAGGCUGAAGUCGAUAUAUCCGCUAUCCCAGAAGGCAAGAAUGUUACGAUAAAGUGGCGUGGAAAGCCUGUCUUCAUUAGACACAGAACAGCAUCCGAAAUUGAGGAAGCUGAUAAAGUUGAAAUGUCAGAUUUGAGAGAUCCUCAAAAAGAUGCUGAUCGUUUCGAGCAACGUGAAUGGUUAGUCAUGUUGGGUGUAUGUACACACUUGGGUUGUGUUCCAAUUGGUGAAGCAGGUGAUUUCGGAGGCUGGUACUGCCCAUGUCACGGUUCACAUUACGAUAUCAGUGGUAGAGCUCGUAAAGGUCCAGCUCCAACCAACCUUGAGGUUCCUGUCUAUAGUUUGAACGAAGACAAGUUGGUCAUUGGUUAA